AUGUUGAUGACUGAACGUCCUGAGGAAAAACAAAAAUGGGCAGGUCGUCUUCUAGGAAAAUUAAGGUUUUUCUAUUUUUUACUUAAAAUUAUGGGCAAGUUUUUCUUUUUGAAUAAGUUUUUCUCCAAAUCCUAUCUUUUUUGUAUUAAUUAUUGAUGGUUAUGACUCAUGCACAUUUAAAUUUUUAAAUUAUAACUUUAUUCUUGUUCUUUAUAUUCCUCUCUUUAUGUCU